CGUAGUGCCUGCAUUCCGAGUCCGACUUUCGAUCCACCAUGUUGCGCCUGAGCUCGCUCCUCGCUCUCGUCCUGGUCUCGGCCUCCGUCUCCGCCGAGGUGAUCAACUUCCAGACCUGUCCGGACAGUGUGGACACCUGUACGAUCCAGCAGGUGCGGGUUUCCCCGUGUCCCGAGGCGGCUAGCAAUGCCGCCUGCCACAUCCGCCGGCGACGUAGUAGCGCCAUGAGCUUCGACUUCACGCCCAACUUCGACGCCGACACCCUGGAGGCCAGCUUGGGAUGGGCCAAGUCGGAGACCGUGGAGCUACCCCUGCUCACCAUGGAUCGCGAGGCCUGCAAGUACACCCCCUGCCCCGUGAGAUCCGGAGUCACCCAGACCUACACCACCGAGGUGCCCAUCGAAGCCAAGUUCCCGCUGAGUCCCUACACCAUCCGUUGGGCCCUGAAGGACCCCGCCUCCGGCAAGCGAUGCUGCUUCACCAUCGACAUCAAGGUGGUGCGCUAAAAGGUUUUGCCAACUUAAGGUCCGAUGGACCCUCUUCGAUAUUUGUCCAAAAACAUUUGCAAACAUGUUUUCUACUCUUGUUUCCAAUUUUCUAAAAUACAAAAAAUUUUAAAUUGCGUUAAAUAAAAGACCUAAUAAAUUACUGUACUAUUUCGACUACA